AUGGACGAAGCAGCACUUGCAAAAUUAAUAAAAGAUAAGGAGUAUUUCGAAGAAAGGGCUUACGAUAACAUGAGACAGAAUUCAAUAAUCACAGGGGAACGCGACAUACUGGCAGAGGAUUUACGUAAAUUUCGCGUACAAGAUACUUCUCAUAAAAAGGCAUUGGACUACUUUGGAAACAUCUGGCGAGAAAAUCUGUCGGACCCUGAGAGUUUUGAUAAAUUUAUUGAUUUGAGGGCGAAUAUUCUCUGCUGGAGUAAGAGAGAAGUAAUAGAGCUCUCUCAAUUCGAUAAUCUCCAGGGCCGCGACCGUGAAUUAUUGUUCGGAGAAGUAGCGAAAGUAGUCCUUCUGGAUGGAUCGGACAAACUGGAACUUCCAAGAGGUCUUCAGAGACGUGGUAGUAGAGCAUUGGUAUCUGUUCUUUGCGCUCUGCUUACCAAUCAUUUAUAUACGACUGUCUUUUCCGAUCCUUUCUUCUUCUUCGGUGAAGAAACAUCUCAAAUCCUCAAUGAUAUCAUGUCGUUGGGCAACACUUGGAACCUAGGUCAUGCCCAACGUUGGCGUGGGGACACCUUAAGACUAAUCCAUCCACUACAUAACACUCCAGAUGAAACAAUAGUCAAAUCAGAAACAAAAAAGCUCUUGCGCAACGCCGCAAUCUCCGCAGCCACAAAAUUUAUGCGGAGUCCCGCCAAAUAUAUUAUGAAUAAUAAGCCGGGUGCACUCCAGAUACUUGAGGAUUUGUAUGUCAAGACCGCUGAGCAUGCGUACCUAAUUUGGUGUAAGAGGCCAAUGAUAAGGCUCCAUGACCCCACUAGGUUCUUGGGCCAGCCAUAUGAUCCUCACAAUAUCGAAAUGGUAUUACUCGAUUCGGUCGCUACAGGUGGCGCUAUCGAGCCAGAUGGACAGCCAAUAUCUAUGGUUACAUCGCCUGCGAUUUUAAGAUAUGGGCUUCGCGCGGCAGAUGAAGGUGUUUUUGAAGAGAGAUGGUGGCAUGAGAAGUUCGGGUAUCAACGUGCAUCUGUGUGGGUUUAUCUUCCUAGGCCUGAGGAAUUUGACGGUGAUGAGGAAAACUUUAAGCCAAUGCCUCUAAAUCCCCCACCCCUACACAUGAAAGACUUGGAGCCAGCAACUUUUCCUCUCCGAAGUGAUUUGAGCGUAGGAGAUCUAGGUGAAAGAAUGCUCAAGCGUUUCGACAGGGUGACUUUGCUUGACCUCGUCAAACCCUACUUAGACGACCUUGCUGAACAGCUAAGACCUGUGCUAGAAGGGCUACGCGAGGAAGUAGCGCAAAGAAUUGAAGAGCGCAACGAAAUGGAAAAGCAAAGAGACGAACUCAGAAAUAAGUACCGCGAGGCUCUUCAAUCAAUAGAGCGCCUCAAAUCUGGGAUGUGA